GUUUUUGUCGCAGGUGGGAAGUUGUCGAAGUGAACAAACGUCGUCAAAAUACUGGCCACAUCCACAGUAAUGAAUAAUUAAUGUGCGGGAAAGUCAGAAGAUCACACCAUUAUACUGACUGACAUUUAUCAAAGGAAAUGCAGGUGGCUUUGAUGCAGCUUAAAGUGACAACUAGAAAAAUGAUGGCUGUUUAACAUCUCUUAAAUUAGGUACAUUUAAGCGAAAUGGAUACAGGACCACCAAAUGUAUUGGAUCAGCAAAUGAUUGGGAAUUCAUCAGAGGAUCGAUCCUGGAGAACUGAUUCGAAAGUAACCACUGACAGUGUCUCAUUUUCAGAUACAUCUCAGAAUAUAAUCAAAAUACAGAGAAGGGAAAAUAACUACUUUUUGGCAAAGAAACUGGUUUCUAAAGAUGACAGUUCAGGAGAUGGUUCAUCAUCAGAUGCAGAAGAUUCAGACAGUGAUUCGCUAACAGACCAAGGCCUGACUGUGUCAUUUUCUACUCCAGACAUCUCACAAGCUGAAGCUUUGAAGAAAGACCAGCCUGGCAGUUCUUGUACCCAUAAAGAAUGUCCAAGCCCACAUACAUCUUCAUUGGUUAGAUCACAGCCGUAUUCCAACAGUGAUGUGAUUCAGCGUAAUGUUUCUUCACAUAACACUGUUUCUGACCAAUCUUUCACUGGCGACUCCGGUUCCGAUGAGGAUUCUGCAAUUGAAGAAUCAGACUCGACUUCUCCUGCUGUAAAAACGUCACAGCUGAAUACUCCACGAAAUGACUUGCAUUCACAUUUCCAGCCGCAUGUCGAUGGUACAUAUUCUGAAAUGAGUUCAUCCAACAAAGGCCCAAACUGGAAUUUUUCAGCUGUGAAAAGAGGUUAUGGAAAUGUUCAGAAAGGUGAAUUUUGUCAUAAGAAAUUUUCUCACAGUAGUUAUGCUCAGAUUAAAUCGAAACAAGGUAACCAUUUUGAUGCUGAUGACCAUUCUGCAGAGGAAGGGUCAAAUGUGUCUCUUCUAGUCAAAAAUGAACCACAGGCCGACUUGGUCGAAAGUGACCAAGCUUCACAGUGUCUAACCAGUCAAUCUGUUUUGCCGUCACGUGACUUGUACAGCAGUAAUCAGAAACCGUCUUCACAGAACCAUUCAACAUCCACAGGUCAUGGUGAUGCUGACGUGCAGACAGUGAAUACUACCUCAGUCAGUUAUUCUAGUGACCCUAGGAGACUCGCUUCUCAGGUCUCUUCAGCAGUCGAUGGGAAUUUAUCAACAGACUCUGAAGACCAAAGUGAUGAAAAUGUAUCACAAAAAACAAAAUCUGUUUCUUUUGAAGCAGAUUAUCUCAAUAAUUCUAAUGUCAAGUCCACCAAUACCAAACUACCUCCAGCAUUUCCACCUGAUUGGAAGACUGUGUAUGCCAGACGGGCUGCUAAUCUGUCCUCCUACAUGGAAUCUAUGUAUGCAAGACUUUUAGCUCAAAAACCCUCAUCCGUGUCGAAGAAUAAAAAAUCUUUUAGCAAAGUAACAUCUGAAAAUCUUUUAUCUGUUGACGAAUCUGCUAAUGAGGAAAACAUGAGUGAAGAUUCUUAUGUGGAAGAUGAUAAAGAUUCAAGAAAAGAAGACGAGGAAGCUGGAAGCGGGAAAAAUUAUCAAAACGCUUCCUUUACUGACAAUUCUGGUGUUAGCACCUGUAGAGCCACAAGAUCCUCAGAUUCGGAACAGAAGUCUUACAAUACUGCAUUGGCUAGGGAAGUACCCUUGAAAGAGAGAUCUCCUAGAAAAAGAGUUUAUAGAAAGCAUGAGAGGGAUUGUGGUAACAAUUUAAGUGAAGCUCGUCAGUCACAUGCUUGCACUAAAGUAGAUCCUGAUUCUGUAGAAAUGUCAUCAAAUCAUUCAAAUGGUUCUGAGGAUUCAUCUUCCACAGGUGGUGAAUCUGAUAAAGAAUUGCAUAUAAGUGCUGUAGAUAAUAAGCCAUUAGGAAAGAAUAUGUGGAACAGAAAAACUUUGAUACCCAACACGUCAAAGAGAAGACCAGCUGCCAACUGUGCUACUAAAUAUGGCUCAUUGUCUGAAUGCAGUUCCAUUGUAGCAUCUAUCAUUAAUCAUUCAGGUCCUGGAAAGAAAACAAAAUAUGAAGUACUAAAGAAUGAGGACAAAUCUGAAGUAAAAUCUAAUAUACAAGGUGAUUAUUUUACAGGCAUAAAGCGUAAUCCUGCUAUCCACAUUUCUAGAAAGAGAAAUUUGAUGUCAGCAUCUCAGUCUACCAAUGUUAAUCCUAGUGAUGGGUUAGUUCCUCGUUUUGUUUAUGAUCCUCCUGUUUCCUCACUUCAUUCAUCUCAAAGGAAGUAUCAGAGUCCAGCUGCCUCAUCCACUGCUGUAAACAAUGUAGAUGCAUUAGUAUCAGAAUUCUGUUAUGACCCACAUUUUGCUUCAGUUCAUGCCUCACGAAAGCAAAAUGCUAAUCCACCAGGACUACCCACCAGUAUGAAUAAUGGAGAUGGUUCGGCAGCUCAAUUCUGUUAUGAUCCGCCUGAUGACUCCAGCGAGGAAUGCGAUUUUCACGUUUUAGUUCCUGGGGCUCCAAAUGAAAGUGAUAUUUGUCGCAAAUGUGGCAAAAUAUUCCACAAGAAAACCAGUAUGACCGCAGACAUGCAGAAUGUACAGGAUGCUGAUGGUUAUGCUAACUACCGAGUCCCCAUACCUCUAGACAAGGUGUGCGUGAAACACGUGACCGUCUCCAUCGGUGUGUCUGGCCUGGGAGUGUGCAUAGAGUGUGGCCAGUACAUCGUCAAGGAGGAGACAGUAACAUGUGACUGGUGCCAUGAGGUGGUCACAGAGAAAGGAGGAAUUAAAGUACACAUGAAGAAGCACUCGUCUGAACAGUUUCAGUGUUCUGAGUGUGGCAGAUCAUUCACCCGCUUCUCGCGACUCAAAAUGCACAGACGGAUUCACACUGGAGAGCGGCCGUACAAAUGUGACAUCUGCGAGAAGGCUUACGGUAACCCCGAGCACCUGCGAAAUCAUGUUAGAAUCCACACUGGAGAGAAGCCCUACGUUUGUCAGAUAUGCAUGAAAGCGUUCGCGAGAAGCGACCACCUGUCGAGACACGUGAAGCGCCACUCGGGUGAAAAGAACCACAAGUGUGACGUGUGUAACAAGCGGUUCGGAACGCAGUACCAGCUGCACAUCCACAUCCGCACGCACACGGGUGAGAAACCGUACAGGUGCGUCAUGUGCGAGAAGAGGUUCUCUAGGUCUCACCACCUGAAGAGACACACCAAGACUCACUAUCGUACGAAGGCUGGAUCUAAAGCACGUCUUUUUGACUCGCUCGACACAAAGCCAUCAGACGAGCCUGCUGUUCUGUCGCUUGACACAGUUGAAGCAAGAUCUAGUGAGGAGGCCAACACGUUCUCGAUGCACUCCUUUGAAACACAGCCCAGUGAAAAGUCUAGAGCCGUUUCGUUUGACGCAUUUCAAACACAGCCCAGUGUAGAUUCUAGAGCUGUUUCAUUUGACGCAUUUCAAUCACAGCCCAGUGUCGAUUCUAGAGCUGUUUCGUUUGACGCAUUUCAAUCACAGCCCAGUGUAGAUUCUAGAGCCGUUUCAUUUGACUCAUUUCAAACACAGCCCAGUGUAGAUUCUAGAGCUGUUUCAUUUGACUCAUUUCAAACACAGCCCCGUGUAGAUUCUAAGAAUCACUCAUUUGGCGCUUUUAUAGGAAAAGCAAGCAGAGGCAGUACAACGGAUUCAUUUGAUUCCAUUAAAGCAAAACCAAAUGAACACUUUAAAACAGAGAUGGGGGACAUGUGUUACGACGUAUAGCAUGUAUCGGACCAUACCCAUAAAAUAACCACGCACGUACAGACCCGUUCACAUAGACACACACACACACUGAAAAAUGUUUUGUUUUAACUGUUGAGAUGCCGCAUUUCCUCUAAUAAGCGCUGGGCUUCCAAUAUUUUGCUACAAAAUAAACGCCGGGCCUCCAAUAAACGCCGUGUAAGACAGCCAAAAACGUAUUACUUCCUGGCAUAAUUUAAAAAAGAAAAGAAAAAAAAAGGAAGGGUUCUUUUUAUCACUUCCUGUCUCAAAAAACAAAGGCCGGAUCUUCACUAGGCGCCAUUUCUGCGACCGUUUUGAAAUGCGGUAUAUGGAGUUGUGUACAACAUCAUUAAUUUUGUGGAAUGCACUUAAUUUUGUAGAAUCAGAUUUAUAAUUUACUAAAUUGUACCUCUUUAGGUCGGGAUAUUCGAUGGACCUACUAAAACUAGUCUAGACGGUGUUUGUAAAUGUGUUAUUUUUUAGCGUCCUUUAAAACAUGAUCGAUUUACAAGCUCAACUAUAGUGAA